AAUCUGAUAGCCGCCACCUCCAAGACUCUCUUUCCCUCCUCUGAGAAAUUGCUGGCAUCCAUUUUCAAAUUGAAUGCUAUUUUGGACUAGCUGUUGCAAGUUUUCAUUUGGGUUUCUAGCAUAUAAAUACCAAUGCCCAUCUGAUGCAGGAGUCUUGAACUUGUGGGAUUUGAUCUUGAUAUUGGAAAGAUGGUAAGACCACCUUGUUCUGAGAAUAUGGGAUUGAAGAAGGGGCCAUGGACACCAAAAGAGGACCAGAUAUUAGUAGCCUACAUUCAAAGGCAUGGCCAUGAGAAUUGGCGGGCGCUUCCGAAAAAAGCCGGCUUGUUAAGGUGUGGGAAGAGUUGCAGACUCCGAUGGAAAAAUUACUUACGACCAGACAUCAAAAAAGGGAACUUCAGCAGACAAGAAGAAGAAACAAUUUACAGAUUACAUGAAUUGCUUGGGAAUAGAUGGUCAGCAAUUGCAGCUCGGCUUCCAGGACGGACAGAUAAUGAGAUAAAAAACGUCUGGCACACCCACUUGAAGAAACGCCUGGACCGGAAUCGGGCGUCUCAAGCUGUAAAACAGUUGGUGGAAACAUCAAAAUGCAACGCAUACAGAGAAAGAGACUUGAAAGCUGUGAAUUUUCCGACCCAUCAGAGAUUUGGAUGUCCCAGCAUCACUACUGUAUCCCAGCAACAAUCCUCUAAUGAUUUCUCUUCAUCAGCCACCAUUUCCUAUGCAGUUACUGGCGAAAACCUUACCACGGCUGUCAACGGCCAGCACAUAGCAGAUGCCGAUGAUAAUCUAUGGUCGGAAGUUCUGUUGGCGGAAAACAACAGCGUGUCUGAGUAUUUUGCAGCGGCAGUGGAGGAUUCACCACUUCAGUUUCUAUUCUCUCCAGCUUCCCUGGAAACUGGUCAACCCAAGGAAGACGACAUGGGAUUUCGGGCAUGGGUUGAGCAAGGCUAUGAUCCAUUGUUUUCAACUCUGCCUGGUAGCGAUUACUCUAUCUGGUCCCCAGACCGGAUUGAGGGCUGAUGUCAUGUGAGCAGCUGGUCAUCCGCAUUCUUCCCAGCAAUCAUAAGGCUUCCUGUUUAAAUAGGAUUCAUAAAGCUGACUCCAUACGUUGGCGAAAAACUACGGUGAUCAUGAUGAUGGCGACAAUCUAUUGUUCUGCUAUAGGUGUGUCACACUUGAUGAAUUGAUCGGCCUGAUUUUUUAGCCAGAUCAUCUACAUGAUAGGGUCCAUCUGAUUAAUGGAUUGGAUGUCCAAUAUGCUGCUGGGAAGGGUGAAUUUGGGCUUACUAAAGCUCUACAUUCUUGAUCUGAUCACUCAUAAUUCGAGCAUGGGAACAUAACCCAGACUGGGAAAAUUCGAACCCGGCGGACCUAAGAUGCUGGGAAGAUCUCCUUGUUGAAGAAUGUCUCUCGU